AUGGAAACCCUCGAGGCGUGUCUUCUGGAGGGAAAUAUCCACAUGAGUGAUCAGGUGGGUUCACACUUAGCCGGGGAGAGUGUCCUUCUACGGGCUGAGACCUUGUUCCCAUCAAAUUACGGUGCUGAGAUCUUUUACGAAUUGCACGAUAAUGGAAUAUACUUGGCGUCUCUCUCGUAUCUUCAGGACGGACUUUGUGAACUGUCACUUCACAUAUUCGCUCGCUCGACCACCGAUGAUCCCCAUAUCCAAAACCUUCUGCCAAACAUCAUUGCCUCAAAUUCCUGGUGGCUAACAACAGUCCACAUCGAGCCCUCCUAUAGUGGAGAAUGGUGCUUGGACCAUCCCAUGCUAGAUGCCUUGAAUCUUUGCAGUAGCCUGGAAUCACUGCGUGUAUGUGCUGAUAAAGCCAGAACCCAAGUAGAAGCAAACAACGUGAUUGAUAAGACAUUAGAGUCUCUCAUAAUGUCGUGGCCAAAUCUCUGGGACCUGCGAAUAAAUGCGGUGUCUCAAUCCUUUGGAUUUGAUGCGGUGAGGGCGACCGCGGGUCGGAUCCAUAAGCGCAUUUUAGCCUUUCGUUUUGCGCAGCCUCCACAGGAAAGGUCUAGGCUGUAUCUGGCAUCCGAUUUUGCCACUUACUCAAUAAAAAUCCACGAUCAAAAGAACAAUAUUUGUGCGUUCAAGGUGCGGUAUUUGAACUAUUACGGGGAAAAGGAAUCAUGGAGGAAAUAUAAGUUCUGGAAGCAAACCAAUGAUGAUUGA